AUGCCUCCAAUCGAUACUAAAAAAUCAUAAAUUACUGACUUUUCUUAAAGCACUCGUUUAUAAUACUUGGGAGACAAAAAAUCAUAAAAAUCUGCUGCCUUUUUCAGAGAUACUAGAGUUUCUUCAUGCUCAUAUAUUUCUUUGAAAGGCGGAGUUCCUAGAGCUAUUCCUUACUAUGGUUCUCCCACUAAGACUUACGCUGAUACAAUGUCCAAGAGCUCAUAUAUUAGCUCUCUUAACCAUGACACUUAUAGAGUAAGACCCUACUAGCAUGUUGGAAUGAGCUAAAAGUUGCUUGAACCCUAUCACCCUCACUCUUAUAGAAAUCGUUUACCAGUUCCCGAUGCUCCUCCACAAUUUAGCAAUGCUUCUCAAAUAGAAGUCGGAGAUAGAUCUGAGGUUAACCAUAGAAGAUUUGUUAGUCAAUCUAAAAACGUAUAUGGAAAUUUUGGUAAAUUCGAUCCCGUUAGCAAUCCAGGUAUUUUGGCUUCUAAGACCAAAUGGCACCAUCACCUCCAAAGUAAAUGA